UCCACCCCUCUAAGCCUCUUAGCUUUCUCCUUCCUUCCCUUCCACCUAAGAUCCCAGCCAUCAUGUCCAUCGAGAAGAUCUGGGCCCGGGAGAUCCUGGACUCCCGUGGAAAUCCCACGGUGGAGGUGGAUCUCUACACUGCCAAAGGACUUUUCCGGGCUGCAGUGCCCAGCGGAGCCUCCACUGGUAUCUAUGAGGCCCUGGAGCUAAGGGAUGGGGACAAACAGCGUUACUUAGGCAAAGGUGUCAUGAAGGCAGUGGACCACAUCAACACCACCAUCGCCCCGGCCCUCAUCAGCUCAGGUCUCUCUGUGGUGGAACAGGAGAAGCUGGACAACUUGAUGUUGGACUUGGAUGGGACUGAGAACAAGUCCAAGUUUGGGGCCAACGCCAUCCUGGGUGUGUCCCUGGCCGUGUGUAAGGCAGGGGCGGCCGAGCGGGAAUUGCCCCUCUAUCGCCACAUUGCUCAGCUGGCUGGGAACUCAGACCUCAUCCUGCCUGUGCCGGCCUUCAAUGUGAUCAACGGUGGCUCUCAUGCUGGGAACAAACUGGCCAUGCAGGAGUUUAUGAUCCUCCCUGUGGGCGCCGAGAGCUUUCGGGAUGCCAUGCGACUCGGGGCGGAGGUCUACCACACACUCAAGGGUGUCAUCAAGGACAAGUAUGGCAAGGAUGCCACCAAUGUGGGAGAUGAAGGUGGUUUUGCCCCCAAUAUCCUGGAGAACAGUGAAGCCUUAGAGCUGGUGAAGGAAGCCAUUGACAAGGCUGGCUACACGGAAAAGAUUGUCAUUGGCAUGGAUGUCGCUGCCUCGGAGUUUUAUCGUGAUGGCAAAUAUGACUUGGACUUCAAGUCUCCUGCUGAUCCUUCCCGAUACAUCACUGCGGACCAGCUAGGGGCUCUCUACCAAGACUUUGUCAGGGACUAUCCUGUGGUCUCCAUUGAGGACCCCUUUGACCAGGAUGACUGGUCUGCCUGGUCGAAGUUCACGGCCAAUGUGGGGAUCCAGAUUGUGGGUGAUGACCUGACUGUGACCAACCCAAAGCGAAUCGAGCGAGCUGUGGAGGAGAAGGCCUGCAACUGCCUGCUGCUGAAGGUCAACCAGAUCGGUUCGGUUACAGAAGCCAUCCAAGCGUGCAAGCUGGCCCAGGAGAACGGCUGGGGGGUCAUGGUGAGUCACCGCUCAGGAGAAACUGAGGACACGUUCAUCGCUGACCUGGUGGUGGGACUGUGCACAGGCCAGAUCAAGACUGGUGCCCCGUGCCGUUCCGAGCGUCUGGCUAAGUACAACCAACUCAUGAGGAUUGAAGAAGAGCUGGGGGAUGAAGCUCGCUUCGCGGGACAUAAUUUCCGCAAUCCCAGCGUGCUGUGAUUCCCCUACCGGCCUGGAGACUUGGAACCCCUCACCCCUCCUCCUGGAAGCUCUUCCUUCUGGUCCUGCUCGAAAUUUCACCCCAGACACCCCAGCUGACCUGCUGCGAUGCUCCUUGGCUGGUCCAGCCCCUGCUGUCUCCGCUCGCCCCGUCUCUGGGUUCCAAACUCUCCACUCCUUCCUUUCCAUUCUCCCUCCUCAAAAACUGGCCAUGGACUGAGGGUUUUAAGGGCAUCCACGGAGGGCCGAUCAGGGUCUGAGACGGAGUGUCAGAGUCAGUUGCUGUGGUAUUUGUUUACAGAGGGGGCAUGCGUCACGUGUCCUUUGUGCUGGUCGUGUUUCUGUAAUCUGUAUGAGGCAGAACUGCGCUGAGUGCUCAGUGGAGGGGAGGUCUGUGCUGGCUGCGUGCUCGUGCCUGGCCGAAGGAGGCUCUAGGGUAAAAUUUAUUCAUUUAUUUAUUUUUCAUUCAUCUUGUUAGUUAAUGAAUCACUUCCCCAUAACUCCAGGGCCAGAGACCGGCCUGACUGGAGGGGGUUCUGUGUCUGUAUUUCAUGUGACUGUAGAUUCCCAUAUAGCCUGGGGUGGGGGUCUUGCUGGAACAGGAAGGGUAACUGAAUGAUGACAGUUCCUGUGUGUUCCAAGCCUUAACUGCAGCCUGGCUCGGUCCAGAGGUGGGGCUGUGCGCCUGGGGGCUCUCCCCCAUUCCUCUCUCCCUGGCCCUAGCUUCCCCGUUCUUCCUCCAGCUGCACCCCAGCACUGUCUCACUCCCCUCCGUGCCGUGUUCCACAGCUGCCAGCACCUCUGUGGCGUUGAAAUGAGCACCACCAUUAAAGUCUGAGUCACCGUGC